GGGAGGGAGGAAGGGAGUUGGGGAGGAGGGAAAGUUUUGUGAGGGGAAAGUUGGGGUUGGGAGGAGGGAAGUUCGGUGUGGGAGGGGGAAGAGUGGGGUUUCUGAGGGGAAAAAGUGGAUUUUGUGAGGGGAAAAGUUCUGUUCGUGUGGGGAAAGUGGGUUUUGUGAGGGGAAAGUUGGGUUUGGGAGGAGUAAAGCUCAGUUCGUGAAGGAAAAGUGGGUUUUGUGAGGGGAAAAGUGGAUUUUGUGAGGGCAAAUUUGGGUUUAAGGGGAGAAAAGUGGAUUUUGUGAGGGGAAAAGUGGAUUUUGUUAGGGGAAAGUGGGGUUUGGGAGUAGAAGAGUUCAGUUCACAAAGGAAAAGUGGGUUUUGUGAGGGAGAAAGUAAGGGAGAAAGUUUUGUGAGGGGAAAAGUUGGCUUUGGGAGGAGAAAAGUUCGGUUCAUGAAGUGGGUUUUGUGAGGGAGAAAGUUGGUUUUGUGAGGAAAAAGUUGGUUUUGUGAGGGAAAAGUUGGUUUUGUGAGGGAGAAAGUUGGUUUUGUGAGGGGAAAAUUGGAUUUGGGAGGAGAAAAGUGAAUUUUGUGAGGGGAAAAGUUGUUUUUUUUGUGGUGAAAGUUGCAAUUGGGAAUGGAAAAUCUGGAUUUUGUGAGGGGAAAGUUGAGUUUGGGAGAAGAAAAGUUCUGUGUGGAAGGAGAAAAGUUGGGUUUUAUGAGGGAAAGUUGUGUUUGAGGGGGAAAAAGUGGAUUUUAUUAGGGGAGAGUUGGGUUUGGGAGGAGAAGAGUUCAGUGCAUGGAGGAAAAGUGGGUUUUGUGAGGGAGAAAGUUGGACUUGUGAGGGCAAAAUUAGGUUUGGGGGGAGAAAAGUGGGUUUUGUGAGGGGAAAAGUGAGUUCUGUGAGUGAAACAUCAUUUUGAGGAGAAAAAGUGAAAUUUAGGGAGAAAAAGUUGAGUUUGUGAAGAGAAAGUUGGGUUUGGGAGGGAAAAAGUGGGUUUUGUGGGGGGAAAGUUGGGUUUGGAAGGGAGGAAGUGGGUUUUGUGAGGGGAAAGUUGGGUUUUGUGAGGAAGAAAGUGGAUUUUGUGGAGGGAAGAUUGUGUUUUGUGGGAAGAAAAAGUUGGUUUUGUGAGGGAAAUAAUGGAUUUUGAGGAGAAAAAGUGAGAUUUAGGGAGGAAAAGUGAGUUUUGUGGGAGAAAAGUUGGGUUUGUUAGAAAAGAAAGUUUUUUGUGCAGGGAAAGUUGGGUUUAGGAGAAGAAAAGUGGCUUUUGUGGGGGAAAAGGUGGGUUUUGUGAGAAUAAAAAGUGAGAUUUGGGGAGGAGAAGUUGGGUUUGUGAGGAGAAAAAGUGUGUUUUAGGGAGGGAAAAGUUGAGUUUGUGAGGGAAAAGUCUGGUGUUGAGGAGAAAAAAAGAUUUACGGAGGAAAAGUUGGGUUUUGUGAGGGAAAAGUAUGGUUUUAAGGAGAAAAAGUGAGUUUUGGGGAGGAAAAGUGGGUUUUGUUGGGAAGAAAAGGUGUUUUCAUGAGAGGAAAAGUGAGUUUUGUGAGAGAAAACUUGGGUUUGUUGGAAGAAAAAGCUUUUCGUGAGGGGAAAGUUGUGUUUGGGAGGAGAAGAGUGGGUUUUGUGAGGGAGAAAGGGUUUUUUUGAAGGGAAAGUUGGGGUUUGUGAGAGAGAAAGUGGGUUUUGUGAGGGGAAAAAGAAGGUUUUGUGAGGGAAACAUCAGAUUUUGAGGAGAGAAAAUGAGAUUUAGGGAGGGUAGGGGCUUUGUGAGGAGAAAGUUGGGUUUGGGAAUGAGAAGGUGGGGUUUGUGAGGGAAAUGUUGGAUUUAGAGGAGAAAAGGUGAGAUUUGAGGAGGAAAACUGAGUUUUGUGAGGGGAAAGUGGGGUUUGUGAGGGAAAGGGUGAGUUUUAGGGAGGGAAAAGUUGAAUUUGUGAGGGAAAAGUCAGGUUUUGAAGAGAACAAAGAGAUUUGGGGGAGGAAAAGUUGGGUUUUGUGCAGGAAAAGUUGGGUUUUGUGCAGGAAAAGUGAGUUUUGGGGAGGGAAAAGUGAGUGAAAAGUUGGGGUUGUAAGGGAAAAGUGGGGGAAGAGUGGGUUUGUGAGGGAAAAGGGGUUGUGUGAGGAGGAAAAGUGAGUUUUAGGGAUGGACAGCUGAGUUUUUGGGAAGGAAAAAUUGGUUUCUGAGGAGAAAAAGUGAAUUUUGGGGGGGAAGAGGUACUUUUCUGAGGUAAAAAGUUGGUAUUUUGGGGAGAAAAUGUAGUUUCAGGAAGAGAAAGUUGCUUUUUUGGCAAUGGAAGGGGAUUUUCUGAGGAAAAAAAUAGAUGGGAGGAAGAAAAACAUGGGUUUAUUGAGGGGAAAAGUUGUUUUCUGAGGGGAAAAAAGUGGUUUUAGGGAGGGAAAGUUAUUUUUUGAGGGGGAAAAAGGGUUGUUUUUAGGAGGAAAAUAAUUAGUUUGGGGAAGGAAAGUUUGUUUAUUUUGGGGAAAAAAACAUUUUGAGAGGGGAAAGUGAGUUUUUUGAGGAGAAAGAAGCUGUUUUUUGAGGAAAAAAAACCCAAGUUUUAAGGAGGAAGGUUGCCUUUUUGGGGAGGAAGUGUUCAUUUUUGGAAGGGAAAGUUGGUUUUUGAGGGUGAAAGUUGCUUUUUGGGGAAGGAAAGCUGGUUGUCUGAAGAAAGAAGUUAGCUUCCGGAGGGAAAGCUGUCUCUCUGGGAAGGAAAGUUGUAUUUUGAGGCAAAAAAAAAGAUGAGUUUGUGGGAAGAAGAGUUGCUGUUUGAGGGGGAAAAUGUCAGUUUUUGAAUGGAAGCUGCUUUUUGAGGGAGAAAGUUGCUUUUGGGGCAGUUACGAUCUGAGAACGUUACUAUUAUGGAGGGCACUUGUCCCCAAAUGUCCCUCAUUGUGCCCAAGUGUACCUGGUGUACCAUGUGGUCUCAAGUGUCCCCGGCCUCCCCGCUACCUCCCGUUGUCCCACGUUGUCCCCAGCAUCCUUGAGUGUCCCCAGGCGUCCCUGUCUGAAGCAGAGUGACCACCAUCCAAGCUGCAGUGUCACCACAUGGCCACUACAGGGACACUCAGGCGGCUCCCAGCCCACUGCCCGCUCCAUGGGGCAGCCACCACGUGUGCCACCAAGGUGUCCCCAACCCUCCCACAGCACCAAGGGGCAGGACUGGUGUCCCAUAGGGCCACCCAUGACCUCCACGUGUCCCAUAGGGCCACCCAUCAUCUCCAUGUGUCCUCCAUCACACCCAUAGGGCCACACAUGAGGAUGGGGGUAUGGAUAGGGAUGGGAAUGGAACAGGGACAGUGGCAGUGAUAGCAGCUACAUGGAAUAAAAUAUAGGGGGCGGGGCCUAUGCUUAAGGGGCGUGGUCUAACUCAGGGGGCGUGGCCUGGGAGCACGCCCUGGUGCAUUCGCUGAUGGGUGGGGGCGGGGAAAUGGGCGUGGUUUGGGGUGGGGGCGUGGCCGCGGGGUUCCAGUGAUGAAUGUAGGCGGUGGCAGCAGCGGAGCUUUAUUGUAUUAGUGGGGACACGCGCGGGGCUCCCGCCGGGCUCAGUCUUCAGGGCUCUUCGGGGCUCCCAUGGGCACCGCCGCACCGUUCCUGUUCCCUUCCAAUGCUGCAGGGUCCUGGGCUGUAACCACAGGGAGAUGGGCACCGCUUCCAACAUCGACACACCACUACUACCACGAUGGCCACGGCCACGAAAGCAGCAGUGAAGGCACACACCAACACCACCGUAUCCGGCGCUGAUGUUUCAGGGACUCCUACAAUGUGACCCCAAAUGAGGGGGACAGUGUGACCACAUCCCAAAGGUGCACGCCUGGGAGAUCUCAGACCAGCUCCUGCAGAUCCGGCAGGAUGUGGAGUCGUGCUACUUCGCAGCACAGACGAUGAAGAUGAAGAUCCAGACCUCAUUCUAUGAGCUCCCCACCGACUCGCACGCGUCCCUGCGUGAUUCUUUGCUGUCCCACAUCCAGAACUUGAAGGACCUCUCACCGGUCAUCGUCACCCAGCUCGCUUUAGCAAUAGCAGACCUCGCCCUGCAGAUGGCUUCUUGGAAGGGCUGCGUGCAGACGCUGGUUGAAAAGUACAGCAAUGAUGUCACCUCACUGCCCUUCCUGCUGGAAAUCCUCACGGUGCUGCCUGAGGAGGUGCACAGCCGCUCGCUGCGCAUCGGGGCCAACCGCCGCACCGAGAUCAUCGAGGACUUGGCCUACUACUCCAGCACUGUUGUCUCACUGCUGAUGACGUGUGUGGAGAAAGCAGGCAACGAUGAGAAGAUGCUCAUCAAAAUCUUCCGGUGCCUGGGGAGCUGGUUCAACCUCGGGGUCCUGGACAGCACCUUCAUGGCCAACAGCAAGCUGCUGUCACUCCUUUUUGAGGUGCUGCAACAAGACAAGACCUCCUCCAACCUGCAUGAGGCCGCCUCAGACUGCGUCUGCUCAGCGCUCUACGCCAUUGAGAAUGUGGAGACCAACUUGCCCCUGGCCCUGCAGCUCUUCCAGGGGGUCCUUACCCUCGAGAGUGCCUACCACAUGGCCGUGGCACGGGAGGACCUGGACAAGGUGCUCAACUACUGCCGUGUGUUCACCGAGCUCUGUGAGACCUUCCUGGACAAGAUCGUCUGCACGCCGGGCCAGGGGCUGGGCGACCUGCGGACGCUGGAGCUGCUGCUGAUCUGUGCAGGGCACCCACAGUAUGAGGUGGUCGAAAUCUCCUUUAACUUCUGGUACCGCCUGGGGGAGCACCUGUACAAGACAGAGGACGCCGUCAUCCAUAGCAUCUUCAAAGCCUACAUCCAACGCCUGCUGCACGCGCUGGCCCGGCACUGCCAGCUCGACUCAGACCACGAGGGUGUCCCAGAGGAGACGGACGACUUCGGUGAGUUCCGGAUGCGUGUCUCAGACCUGGUCAAGGACCUCAUCUUCCUAGUGGGCUCAGUGGAGUGCUUCGCGCAGCUCUAUGCAACGCUGAAGGAUGGCAAUCCACCCUGGGAGGUGACGGAGGCUGUCCUCUUCAUCAUGGCCUCCAUCGCCAAGAGCGUUGACCAGGAGAACAACCCGACGCUGGUGGAGGUUCUGGAGGGAGUGGUGCGGCUCCCUGAGACGGUGCACACGGCUGUGCGCUACACCAGCAUCGAGCUGGUGGGCGAGAUGAGCGAGGUGGUGGACAGGAACCCACAGUUCCUGGACCCUGUGCUGGGCUACCUGAUGAAGGGGCUGUGUGACCGGCGGUUGGCUUCGGCUGCAGCCAAGGCCAUCCACAACAUCUGCUCGGUGUGCCGCGACCACAUGGCGCAGCACUUCACCGGGCUGCUGGAGAUCGCCCGCUCCCUUGACUCCUUCACACUGUCCCCGGAGGCUGCAGUUGGGCUCCUCAAGGGGACAGCGUUGGUCCUCGCCAGGCUGCCCCUGGAGAAGAUCGCUGAGUGCCUGAGCGAGCUGUGCGCCGUGCAAGUGCUCGCCCUGAAGAAGCUGCUCUCACAGGAGCCAAGCAACGGGCUCUCCUCCGACCCCACUGUGCCCCUGGAUCGCCUCGCAGUCAUCUUCAGGCACACCAACCCCAUCGUGGAGAACGGGCAGAUCCACCCGUGCCAAAAAGUCAUCCAGGAGAUCUGGCCCGUGCUGUCUGAGACCCUGAACAAGCACAGUGCCGAUAACCGCAUCGUGGAGCGCUGCUGCCGCUGCCUGCGCUUCGCCGUGCGCUGUGUGGGGAAGGGCUCUGCUGCACUGCUGCAGCCCCUGGUCACACAGAUGGUGAGCGUGUACCGGGCACACCAGCACUCGUGCUUCCUGUACCUGGGCAGCAUCCUGGUGGACGAGUAUGGGAUGGAGGAGGGCUGCCGGCAGGGGCUGCUCGACAUGCUGCAGGCUCUCUGCAUCCCCACCUUCCAGCUCCUCGAGCAGCCCAGUGGCCUCCAGAACCAUCCCGACACUGUGGAUGACCUUUUCCGCCUCGCAGCCAGGUUCAUCCAGCGCAGCCCGGUGACGCUGCUACGCAGCCAGGUGAUGAUCCCCAUCCUGCAAUGGGCCAUCGCUGCCACCACGCUGGACCACCGCGACGCCAACUGCAGCGUCAUGAAGUUCCUGCGUGACCUCGUGCACACCGGGGUGGCCAACGACCACGAGGAGGACUUUGAGCUGCGCACGGAGCUGAUCGCGCAGGUGCUGAGGCAGUUGGGGCAGCAGCUCGUCUCGCAGCUCCUGCACACCUGCUGCUUCUGCCUGCCACCCUACACACUGCCUGACGUGGCCGAGGUGCUCUGGGAGAUCAUGCAGAGUGACCGUGCGACCUUCUGUCGGUGGCUGGAGAACUCCCUGAAGGCGCUGCCAAAGGAGACGACAGGGGGGGCCAUCCAGGUGACGCACAAGCAGCUGACGGAUUUCCACAAGCAGGUGACGAGUGCCGAGGAAUGUAAGCAGGUCUGCUGGGCUCUGCGGGACUUCACACGCCUAUUCCGAUAGCCUGCGCCCUGCACCCGGCAUGGCGCCUGCCUCCCAGAAGACAGAAACGAAGCCACCAUGAUUGGUCCGACAGCCGUCACCGGGGGCCGCACUCACUCAGCACCAGAGGAGCGUGCGUCCCAACACUGCGACCCCCCCC